AUGUGGACGAAGCCUCCACCAGAUGUGUCAUGUGUCAGCAAUAGCGUGGAAUCAUUCUACCGUGGAACUGUCGCAGGUGGCAUCUUUGGCUUGGUCUUCGGGCCGGAGACGGGUGUCGGCCUGCUGGCACAUCUCAAGGGCACUGUUCGGCCCGCGGCGCUCGCCGGCGUCUGGUGCCUCUUGACAUCGUUUUCGUCAUGUGUGCUGACGAGAGACGGCUUUCCUUAUCCAUACAACGGGGCUAUCUCCGGGCUCUUUUCAGGGGCGGUGCUGAGCAUCGUCAAUCGUUGGGAUAGGGAUUCCACACUGUGGACCAUGGCUGGCAGCUCUGUGCUCAGCAUACUAUCCCACUAUGCUACAGACGGACAAAGCAUGAACGUCAAGGGCCGAAGGGCUUUAUUUCUCGAGUUAGAGGAAAGCAGCCAGAACGCCUUGUCGAGCUCCAACUCGAGUGAAGAGGCACCGCUCCUGGACGUCUUGCAAUUGCUUGGCCAUACUUCUGAUCGGGAGAAUCAUGAGGAGGACAUUUAUCGGGCAUGCCCUGAGCAUGGCAUGCAUUCGUUGAAGACGGCUGGAUGUUGUACUUUUGUGUCGGAGAUUUCUGGAGUAGUACCUGGACAGACCUGGCUGUGGGCAGAUGACGAGGAGACGGUCGCAGCAUUUGAUGAUGCAGCCUGCGCUCUGCUCAAUAGGCUUCCGAGCAAGCUGCGGAAUCAAUUGAUGCUUUACACAGCCUCUUUGACCAUCAUUCCUCACAGCGUGCAUGAGGAUGCCUCAAAAUGGCACGUGGACUGGUACGGCAUUCCAGAUGCUUUGUCCUGGACAAUGUUGGUUCCUUUAUGGCCUCGGGAUGACGAAGAUUGGCGAGUGUUGGGUGGGACGCAGCUGUGCCUAAAGGAGCACGCGCUACCGCGGGCCGACUCGGUGGCACCCUCCAUAGCUGCAGUGGCAGCGCUGGUUGCCAAAGAGGCAGCCGAACAAAAUCCCAACGAAUGCCCUGAACACUGGGCCUCCGCGGAUUUCUCUGUGGUUGAGCACAGUUACCACCGCGGCGAAUGCCUCUUGUUCGAAGGUCACGUGCUGCAUCGCACGGGUCCAUAUCAGGCCGAGAAUCCUGCAAUGAGGGUGUUGGCGUCUCUUAUGGCACUUCGUUUGCAUAGGUUGGACCGCGUGAUCCAAGACACUGGCCUGAAGUUUCUAGGAGUCUCCGCAAGCAGGGCUGAGAAAGAAGCGGCAGCAGUAAGAAGCGAGCCCUUUUGCGGGCUGGAACUCUUGGUGCCGCGUCUCUCUGUGUCGCGACGAUGCCCUUGGAUGUGGUUAGACAUGCCGUGCAGGCAGCGAUUUCCAGCAAACGCUUUCCGUGCAGCUGCAUCACCUCCGAGCGGCUUUUUCCGCGGACUUGUUCCGGCGCUCUUCUGCUCUGCAGCGGGACCUGCAGCGUUUCUGUUGGGUUACGAGGUGCAGCGAGGUUCAAAGGAGGUCCUGGAAGCGGGACUAGUGGCCAAGGCUGUCCAAGUCGCAGUCGUUCAGCCAUUCGACUUUUUCCGAACGUCUUGGCAGGCGGCAUUGUUGCUGCCAGAGACGAGGUCUUCGCAUUUGUUACGCGGCCCAUGGGAGGUGAUCACCACGGACGGCCCUAGGUCACUCUGGCGAGGCCUCAUUCCAACACUCUUGCGAGACGUCCUUGCUGCGGGAACCUUCUGGUCCAGCUACAUGUACCUCAACCAGGUAGUGCUGAACGAAAGCUCCCUGGAGUGCAAUUUUUUCUCUAAGCCAAAGGGCCCGAGCCCCGCGCUUGGGUGUAGGCCCGGCUUGGCAUCUGCCUCCAUGGCCCCUCUCGCGGAGAUCUGCGAGCUGUGCCAGGAGGUUCUGUUGGAUCCAGUGACGCUCCCCUGCUGCGGAGAGUCCUUCUGCAAGACGUGCCUGCAGCAAUGGACGGUUGUUAAGCUGGAUGAUGGAGCCCCUCGUGCCAGAUGUCCAAGUGGCUGUGGAAAGCAAAUCGACUACAGACUUCCAAGUGUGUCUAAGCUCCUUUGUAGCUGGCUGGAGGCUGAACAUGCCAGCGAACUAGCUGAACGCCGCAGGGAUAUCAGGGGCCAAGAGCUUGAAGAAAGCAUUGCGGGCGGCUUUGGUCUUUGGCAAGAAGUGGCAGCAUCCCGAGACCUUUUCGUUGGAGAGAACCUCGCUGUGGCCUUUGGAACAAGCGGUGUUGUUCUCGGGAGCCACGAGGAGCGCCGGGUCAAGGUGAAGUUCGACCUCUUUCUGUGGGGCAUUAGCGGUGUCUUCAACGUAAGUCCGGACGAGAUUUUGCCGCAACUGCCUAGCACGUUCGGUGUGAGUAUCGGGCAACGCGUUCUUGCCUCCCAAGAUCUGAUUGUUGACUCUGCCGUGAGGGUUCCCUUUGCAACGUUGGGUACCGUCGUGGGUCCAUCCAGCUCGCCAGACAGGAUCACAGUAUGUUUCGACACGGUUACCGAAGGGCAGAACAGACUGGACGUGCAAGCCUUCGAGAUUCUACCAAACAUGGAGCUGAUAGGUGGAUUCAGAGUGGCCCAGCGUGUGACAGCUGUGGAAAACAUCUUGUUGGAGGGUGUCGUCUUGGUUCCACCGGGCGCUGUCGGGACCGUACUGUCCCAGUAUAGCGACACGCGCCUCACGGUUAUGUUCGACGGAAGACUGGACGGCCGCUCGGAGGAGUUUGAUGCAGCAGCCAUGCGGCAGCGAGCCGUGCAGUCUGCCUUCGUCAGCUCUGUUUGCGCGAUGGGCGCUGCCAUUGUCACGCAGCCUAUGGACGUGGUGAAGACGAAGAUGCAGAUCCACCGGAUGAUGACCUCUCGGGAUGAUGGCUUCAGGAGGGUUAAGGUUGCUCGUUUCUUUGCAACUCUCCGAGAGACGUAUCAGGCGACAGGCUGGCGAGGCCUCUGGGCAGGUGGCUCCCCGCGGCUCGUCUGCGCGGCGGCCGCCGGCCUGCUCCUGGGCCCGGCCUUGGAGUACGCGCAGCUCCUCAGCCACGAUGCUGCGAGGCCUCUGAGGAGGCAGCUGGAUCUUGGCGAGGACCCGGGCAGAACUAUAGUCCAUCCUCGGUCAUCGAAGGCGAUGUUUAUCGACGUGAAGCUCUAG